AUGUCGGAUCUGAAACUCCAUCGCUGGGGGAUAAAAGACAGGAGGGCCGCAGCACACUUCACAGCUCCAUCCAGGACGUUCUGGAUCAUCUUGUCCGUUGCCUUGUUUUUUGCAGUUGUUGGCAUCAGCGUUGUGGGGGUUCUCAGCUUCUCCCCCAGCUCUGCCCAGGCUGGCUCUCAGCUCGUCCGGCUAACGCUCCAGGGCCAGCAAGACCCGCUGAGGAAUCAGACAGCCUUGGUGGACAAGUCCAGGAGCACCGUGACCUACUACAUAACCUCGCAGAGUAACCACACCGCUGUGGUGCUGUAUGACAGCAGGAACGGCUACGUGUGCUACAAACCCGUGGAGCAGCGUGCGUGCUACCUGAGGAGGAUGGACGCCUGGGACCUCCGGACCCUACAGACAUCUCUCAACACGUCUGAGCAGAGAGCUGAUCAGAUGCUGCAUCAGAAUAACCAGACCAAGUACUACCGGGAGUUCCUGGGCAUUCUGGCAGGGGAACAGGUGGACCCCAAAAGCCUGGGGGAGGCUGUCCAGACCUUGUGUGAGCAGACAUCCAUCUUCUGGGUCAGGAGAGGGGAGGGUCCGGGGAAGCAGCGGCUGAUCUACCUUUGCAUUGACAUCUGUUUUCCAAGCAACAUUUGUGUGUCUAUCUGCUUCUAUUACCUCCCUGAGUAA